GCGACGUCGGGUAUAUAAGUCGAAGAGAUCCCGCACAUCUCGAGAAAGAAAAGAAGAGCAUCACAGGACAACUCACCUACAAUCAUCACUCAAACACAACAACCCCAACCACUCUCAACACCAAAAUCAAGGAACUAUCCUUCCCACUUCUUCCAACCCCAUCAAAAUGCAGUUCAGCCUCAGCUCCCUCCUCAUCGCCUUGACGAUCGCCUCCUCAGUGGCCGCAACUCCCACUGGUGAAGCUACCAAGCGUGAAGCGCAAACCGGCCGUGGUGACUGCAACGGUACUUCUUGCCAAAUUGUCUUUGCCAACUUUGAGUGCAAUGUUGGAUCGUGCGCUGGAUCUCAGGGAGGUGACGGCAAGCCCUGCAGUGUCAUCGACAACUCCGAUGGCACUAGGACCACCUACUGCCCCGGCUGCGGUGACCCUGAGAAGUGCCCCAGCUUCUAAGCGCAAGAUGCCAACUCUUUAAUCUAGCACGGGAAGGUUCAUCGGCGUACUUCUUGGGGACUAGAAAGACUUGUCAUUAGCAAUAUGCAUUGGGUUGGGUGGUAGUCAUCGGUUUUGGGUAUCACGGGGAGUAGGGUUUGGGUCGGAUAGAAUAUGUCACUCAUUUAUAUCGCAUGCCAAGUUUUCAAUUCAACAUUGAGAAUUUGGUAGGACAGCGUUAACAUAAAUCCCUUUGUGUCUGAGAAAUAUGAGCCAGUGUGAACUUGAUAUA